UUCAACAUCCAUGCUGGCCUUGGGAGCUCUUGUCCAGCUGGACAUCGAUGGCUUCCUUGCCGCCCCGCCUUCGGAGCCUUCGGAAGCUGUUGCGACGCGCCAAGUUGAUGGGUGCGGAGCUGCAGGAUUGGAGCCAUGAACGGCAAAUGCUGUGGAGGGCCAAGCUGAAAGAGCAAUUUCAGGUGGCCAAAGAUUUGAAGAAGCUGCCCCCAGGUGAACUGGUCGAACGCUGCUGGGACCAGAUGCUACUGGCCAACCGACGCUUCGACGACCGGUUCAAUGCUGCCUUCUACAGGACCAUGGAUGCGCUGAUGGCUCGGGUCAAGGAGAUCCAAUGCCGAGGCGUCACAGAACACUGCGUGGCCAGCUGGCAACGCAGCUCGGGCGCCCGGCUGCUGCUGAAGCUUCAAAAGGCCUUGGGCUUUGGUGCCUGGAGACAGGACGAGAAGUCACGCACUUCAAGCCGUCAAGGAACCAGUGGCAAAGCACGAUCCAAAGCCGAUCCGUGGCUGGAUGCCGGAGUCAUCACUUUGAUAGGCAUGUCGGUUGGCAGUGCCAUGCAUGGUUUUUAUUUCUACAGUUUCCUCUUCUCCACUUGGAGCUGCCUUCGAUCCAUUCGUCGCUUUGUGGUUCUGUGCUUGGACACGGAAGAUGCAAAUAGGCUUUUCAGAUAUGCGCCCACUGAUCUGAAGAAGCGAAAGAUGGAUCUGUUCAACUGGCUCCAUUUUGAACUGAAUGCCAUGCGACAGAUUCGUGCCGGAAAUCUGCACUACAUCGGACGACCCGGAGAAAAGGAUUGGGAUUGGGUACACGAUCCCAAGAACGAUCACGGUCCCGAGACCUUGUUUGACCUGGCCAUGGAAGCUGUGGCGAAUCAUCCCCGAGUCCAUGAGUGGGUGGGAACCAAAGUACUUCCCAAAGCAGAGCCUGACAAAGCGGUGUACCGAAUGCAUGAAGGGAUUGCAGAGACCUUCCUGGGAUGGACUGUGAAAGGAGAACUCGGAGAAGCUGAAAUUCAGGUCAAAUCCAUAGGAUCCCUGGUGGAUUUCAUCUAUGUCUUUCCGCAAGGGCGCGAUCACUAUGGACUGGUGCCCCCUGGAUUUGUCAUCCGCCCCCAUGGAGACACCUGGUCCCAGGAUGAAACUGAGCUUCCGAACGACAUGAAGAGGCCCUUUGGGAAGCAUGGAGAAGGCACCAUCUUUGAGCGUGAAGGUAUCUUCGACUGGGACUACAAGGUUGGAGCUUUCCGUACCGGCCUGGAGAGAGAUCAGGACCACCCCAGAGAAAAAGCCUACAGGAGAUGGUUCGGAUGAGCCGCUGAUCCUCGUUGAUCCUCCGUGUCACUGGAGCCGUGAGCUCCCCACUUCGGCGCUCUGACAGCGCCCCAUGGUGAGGAAAGAUGCGAAGCGACUGGAAAGCACCAGGCUUUUUCCCAACGGGGAUACCCCGAAAUGGCCACAGCUG